CUGUCUUCUGCUUUGGACCAUUGACACACAUCAGCGACAAGAACGACAAUACAUCCAUAAUGAAGCAGUUGCAUAGAGCCAUGCCGAGCGCCUCAAAUAUCUGCAACCAAUGCCGUCGCGCUUUCUCAUCCAGUCCCCCCAAGCGCAUGGAUAUGCUCAAGACUCUCGCCCAGAGGAUGACUUCCCGUCCAUCCACCACAGCGACGACCGCAAAUACCACAGCGUCUAAUACCGUUUCUGCGUCCUCCGGUACGUCCUCUGGCAACGUGGCGGCGAUUCGAUCUGCUAUUCAGGCUUCUCAGCAGCGUCUGGCAGAGCAGAACGAGCGAGCUGCGAAAGACGCUACGGAAGGCUUGUCCGCUAUUCUCGCAGGGAUGGCCAAGAAGGAUCUCGAGGAUGCACUGGAAUCCCAGACUGCGCGGCGGUGGAUGAGAGGGGAUGUGUACAGUCUGCACGACUUGGGUCCGCGAGAAGCCAACAAGUGGAGCGUGUUGAAGAAGCGACCCGAGAGGGACAUUUUCGAGAUGAUCGGGACGGAUCCUCUCAAACAUUACAAGAACAUGGCUCUGCUCUCCCAGUUCGUGACAGAGACGGGGCGGAUCAAACAUUCCAAUGUGACCGGUUUGAAAGUAAAGAACCAACGUAGGCUCUCAAAGGCGAUCAGAAGAGCAGUUGGUCUUGGGUUGAUGCCUAGCGUACACAAGCACCCUGAGAUCAUUGCGAGGCAACUUGGCAUAGAUCAGCACCCUACGCGGUAAGAUACUUAUGCGAGAACAAGUAUUUUGUGUCAUACGCAAUGUUAGACAACGGAUCAGUGAGAGAAUUCACUUCUCCGUGACCGUGAUAUUAUAGGUUGGGUCCCGGAAAAUCAGCAAUGGAUGAGACGAUGUGGCCCGACAAUUGCAUUUUUUUUGCGGCCAAAUAGAUUGAACAGAGGCACUCAUAGCCAAUUUUCUGUACUAUACAUUUCAUGCUGUUGUUACAUAACGAAUAGGAAGACCUGCGUCUAAGGUUUCUCGUCCUGCG